AUGAUCCGGAGAGAUCUUAUAGUUCAGAGGUCCGUUGAUGAAAACCAGUUGAACUCUGUUUGCGACAUCUUGCCCUUGCUUAGUGAUGUGGGCCUCUUGAAGACUGUCACCUCCAUCUUUCCGUAUUCGAAGCUACUGACUUACGAGUUCUAUUAUGUGAUAAAUGAAUAUUAUGGUUUGAAGGGUGUUGAUGAAGAAGAGAUCACGGACUGGGAUUUGGUGGCAAAGACCCUUACAGGUGGUAAAACCUCUGCAUGGCCUAUGGGUGACAUUGAUACUCUGUCUAGCUCGGAACUCACCUCCAAAUAUGUCAUUUUGCACUGUAUUGCUCUUCACAACUGGCUACCAUCUGCUCAUUUUCAUAUGGUUGGCAAGCAAUUGGCAGCUCUCCUGUUUCGGAUUGGAACUAAAAUGACGAUUGACCUAGGGUCAUGGACCUUCUAUCAUAUCCUCACAUUGAUUCAUUUGCGAGAACAGAAGGUAAGGUUACCUUUUCCUAACCUUAUAUUUGGGGUUCUGACAACGCAGGGCCUUGUGCCAAUACCUAGUGAGGUUAUCAGUCCGACUCUUCUGUAUACUGUUGAUCAUCGUCUUCUGACUGGAAAGCACAUUCGAGAUGUUACGCCGGUGAAUGCACCUCCCUCUUCUGACGCUGACAAUGUGGAUGCUGAUUCUCCACAUGCGAAGGAUGUUCAACUCUCUCUUCGCCUGAAGGCCCGGGUAUCUGAACUUGAGACUGUUCAUGGAAUUAUUGCGAAGCAGCUGACUGCGGCCCGUACUGAAUUGGCUACCGUUCUUCUCCGCUUGAGCUUGACUGAAUCUGCUGCUGCUGAUGCUGCUAAGUCCGACGGUGAGGACCCCUCCAAUGCUUGA